GCCGGGCGGGGAGCGUCGCCGCGAGAACCGCGCUGCGAGUGAGACCCGCCGCGGCAGGAGCCAUGUUCCCCCAGAGCCGGCACCCCACCCCGCACCAGGCUGCGGGCCAGCCUUUCAAAUUCACCAUCCCGGAGUCGCUGGACCGCAUCAAAGAAGAGUUCCAGUUCCUGCAGGCGCAGUACCACAGCCUUAAAUUGGAAUGUGAGAAACUGGCAAGCGAAAAGACGGAAAUGCAGAGGCAUUAUGUGAUGUACUAUGAAAUGUCGUAUGGAUUAAACAUUGAAAUGCACAAACAGACAGAAAUCGCGAAGAGAUUGAAUACAAUUUGUGCACAAGUCAUCCCAUUUUUGUCUCAGGAACAUCAGCAACAAGUGGCCCAAGCUGUAGAGCGUGCCAAACAAGUGACCAUGGCUGAAUUGAAUGCCAUCAUCGGGGUACGUGGCCUUCCAGGUCUACCUCCUACACAGCAGCAGUUGCAGGCUCAGCAUCUCUCCCACGGCCAUGGACCUCCAGUGCCUCUAACGCCACAUCCAUCAGGACUUCAGCCUCCAGGAAUCCCUCCACUUGGAAGCAGUGCUGGCCUUCUUGCCCUCUCCAGUGCUUUGGGUGGGCAGUCUCACUUGGCAAUAAAAGAUGACAAGAAGCAUCACGAUGCAGACCACCACAGAGACAGAGAGCCAGGCACAAGUAAUUCUCUGUUGGUCCCUGACAGCCUACGAAGCACAGAUAAACGCAGGAAUGGCCCUGAAUAUGCCAAUGACAUCAAAAAGAGAAAGGUGGAUGAUAAGGAUUCCAGCCACUAUGACAGUGAUGGGGACAAGAGUGACGAUAACUUGGUUGUAGAUGUAUCCAAUGAGGAUCCUUCUUCCCCAAGGGCAAGUCCCACUCAUUCACCACGUGAAAAUGGUAUAGAUAAAACCCGCUUACUGAAGAAGGAUGCCUCCAGCAGUCCAGCAUCCACGGCCUCUUCAGGGAGCUCCACUUCCCUCAAGUCCAAAGAAAUGGGUCUGCAUGAAAAAGCCAGCACGCCUGUUCUGAAAUCCAGCACACCAACUCCUCGAGGUGAUGUGCCAACCCCAGGCACUAGUGCAACUCCAGGACUCCGUCCAGGCCUUGGCAAGCCUCCAACAAUGGACCCUCUGGUUAACCAAGCUGCUGCAGGUUUGCGGACCCCGCUGGCGGUUCCAGGACCGUACCCUGCUCCCUUUGGAAUGGUGCCUCAUGCUGGCAUGAACGGAGAGCUAACCAGUCCAGGGGCAGCCUAUGCCAGUCUGCACAAUAUGUCACCCCAGAUGAGUGCUGCUGCUGCUGCAGCUGCCGUGGUUGCCUAUGGAAGAUCUCCUAUGGUUGGGUUUGAUCCUCCUCCCCACAUGAGAGUACCUGGAAUCCCUCCAAAUCUAGCAGGGAUUCCUGGGGGAAAACCAGCCUACUCCUUUCACGUCACUGCAGAUGGCCAGAUGCAGCCAGUUCCCUUCCCCCCUGAUGCCCUCAUUGGCCCAGGAAUCCCUCGCCAUGCCCGUCAGAUCAACACCCUGAACCACGGGGAAGUUGUGUGUGCAGUUACCAUCAGCAACCCCACCAGACACGUCUACACGGGUGGGAAGGGCUGUGUCAAGGUUUGGGACAUCAGCCAGCCUGGCAACAAGAGCCCUGUGUCUCAGCUGGACUGCCUGAACAGAGACAACUACAUCCGCUCCUGUAAACUGCUGCCUGAUGGAUGCACCCUGAUUGUUGGUGGGGAAGCCAGCACAUUAUCCAUUUGGGACCUGGCAGCUCCAACUCCUCGCAUCAAAGCUGAGCUGACAUCCUCAGCACCUGCCUGCUAUGCUCUGGCUAUCAGCCCUGAUUCCAAGGUGUGCUUUUCCUGCUGCAGUGAUGGGAACAUUGCGGUGUGGGAUCUGCACAAUCAGACAUUGGUCAGGCAAUUCCAGGGCCACACAGAUGGAGCCAGCUGUAUUGACAUUUCUAAUGAUGGUACCAAGCUCUGGACAGGAGGUUUGGAUAACACUGUCAGAUCCUGGGACUUGAGAGAAGGGAGACAGCUACAACAGCAUGACUUCACAUCACAGAUAUUUUCCCUUGGUUAUUGUCCUACUGGUGAAUGGCUAGCUGUGGGAAUGGAGAGCAGCAAUGUCGAAGUGCUACAUGUAAAUAAACCAGACAAAUAUCAACUGCACCUUCAUGAGAGCUGUGUGUUGUCACUCAAGUUUGCUUACUGUGGUAAAUGGUUUGUGAGUACUGGGAAAGAUAACCUCCUUAAUGCAUGGAGAACUCCUUAUGGAGCUAGUAUCUUCCAGUCCAAAGAAUCUUCAUCAGUGCUUAGCUGUGACAUCUCUGUGGAUGAUAAGUACAUUGUCACUGGCUCUGGAGACAAAAAGGCUACAGUCUAUGAAGUUAUCUACUGAAAAAUAUGAUGGGGAUAUUCUUUUAGAGGUUGAACUGGGCCAAAAUUGUUUGUAGAAGUAGAAAGAGUUUGAAUUUUUGAAAGGAACGAAAGUGUUCAGGUUCCAGACCUUGCCAUGAAUCUACUCUGAUUUUUUGAAAUAGAAGGCAACAUCCAGCAACUAAGUAUUGGCUACGUGGACCAGGUGGAACACAGAGGCAAGACGGACAAAUGUAGCCUAGGUUUUUGACAAAAUUUUUAAAAGCCAAGUCUACUGAACAAUGUUGGAGCCUUUUAUUUUUUUUUCCUUUUUGUGACCUCAUGCAAAUUUUUCUCAUUGCCUGAAUAUGGGGGAUAAAUACCUUUCUGUUCCUUGCAGUUCAAGUUGCAUUCUCUCCUGUGUAGAGCAGCAGUGUCUCAGAUGAACUUGUUUCCUGGUUUUGCAUCUUGUGAUAUGUUUUUGUAUUUUUGUUGAAGGUCAAACAUUUGUAUAAAUUGUAAAUAUAUUUAGUUUACUACAGUAAAGGCUUUAGUACCAAGAACCAGUCUUCCCUCUUGUCCCCUCCCUGCUUGCCCUGCUUAUUUAAAAUUAAAAACCUUUUGGGGAUAUAAGUACCUUUUUAGAAGCAAAAAGCAAACACUAUGUAUAGUUUGAAAAUGGUGUCUUAUUCUUUAUAACUUCUUAGAUUCCUUUAUCAUAUUUCAAAGUAGUUGAUUUGACAUACUAGGGUAUCAAGUCCAGUAGAUAUUGUCUUGUUCUACAGAAAACUUAAAGGCAGUUUUGUACUAAUUACAGUGUAAAUAUAAAAAUUGAACAUUUCAUAAAGCUGUGCAGUUUAAGUUUAUUCUGAUGUCCCAUGUAUAUGUUCUUGGCAGAUACAGUAAUAUGUGCCUGAGCGUAACUCAUUUGGUCAUUUCUCUGGAAGAGGAGAUGACUUCCCUGUCCUUUUUCCCCCAGCUGAAAAGAAUUAAUGUGAAACUGCAUUUUCAACUAAGUACAUCAGAGCCUUUAUUUGUUAUAUGAGGAUGUCUGUGAUUAGAUAAGCUAGAUAAGUUGCAUCCUUCAUGUUUUACAGAGAAGUGGUAGUUAACAACCAUUUCCUUUUUAAAGUCUUGUCUAUACUCAGAUACUCAGGUAAAUUUAACUAAAUUACCAAAAGUGUGAGUUUUACAGGGGAUUGCUUAAAGAUGUUAAAUACCUGCAGUGAAGAGAAUUAACCUAAACUAAGUUAAACUCGCUUCUUAAUUUCUUGUGAGAAUAUUGACAAAGGAAUAUUUUGAUUUUUAACUAAUCCACUCUACAAAUUAAUUAAUUUUCCUGAGUGUCCCAUGUUACACAGGCCUGUAAGCUCUAUGUAUUCAUGUUGAGCAAUCUUUGAGUCCUUUCCAUUGUCACAUCACUGUGUGAUGUCUGUGAAGAGCCAUGAUAAGCAGCCAGUUACCAAAGCUAUGCAUCUUCAAAUUUUCUUGGUGUACUCAAGAGCAAUGGAUGAGGAAAGAAUGUGUUCAUUUUAUUUAACUAUUAUUUUUUCAGUCUAAUGUGUUCUACCACUGUGUGCUAGACAGCAAACUUUGCUGUUGCAUUAGUGAGAGCCAUACAUUUCCCACAUUCUGUAAUUUGGUUAAAAUUUCUGUUGCUAAUGGAGAGUACUGAUGAACAGAAGGAUAUCUUUGAACAACUAAUUUAGAUUACACAAACUGGCAGGCAGAAGAAGAGCUGCUUUCUCAUUUUGCUAGCAUUUGACAAUGGCCUAUGUCCCUGCUCUUCCAAGGACACAUAACUAGGAAGAAACAAGCUUGACUGGCAGAUGUGUUGAUUGGAUAAGGAAUUUUUCAUCUGGGGGCAAAUUCUAUCUAAGUUUCUACUCUGAAGAGACACAGGUUUUUUCUUUUCAAUUUAUAUGACCAUUCUACUGAAACCAUUUUAUAGCAUCUAGAACUGUAAUAGCCUUAAUGUAUUAACAUUGCAUUCAGAAUGUAAAAUGCUACCCAUUCAGGAUAAUAUGGUUUCCUAGGCAUCUAAAAUUAGCAUUCUAUCAGUAUGUAUCCUUACAUAUCUUUGAGUUGUUAAUCUGUAUCUGUAUGAAAAUGACAGACCACUUUAGAUGCUGGUUGUGUUGCUUUCAGACAUAGUGGGGCAAAAAGUAGAAUCAUCAGAUUUUUCAAAAAGUUAACUAUAUUUGCUACACUGAAGUACUGGGAAGUGCUAUUCCAUUUUUAAAAGGGAAAGUUUUAAAACAAGAGUAUUUACAAGAUUACUUAAUUUUUACACUUUUCAUAUUGAAAUUUCUCUGAACAUCUGGCUCUGGUGAUGAUCAUUGACUUUAGCAGCACUGGCAAAUGUGCUUUAGUUAGGACCCUCUGGACUUUUGCAAAACUGCUAUCAUUUUGGCUUUUACUUUAUAGAUAUCCUUUUGCUGUUCUCUGAAGUCAUUAUCAGAGGAACCAAGAAUGCAAGUAUUAUUACACAUCUAUAUGAAUUUUUAAAAAAAACCCACAAGUGUAAUUGGUCUGCUAUGUGUUGUGACAUAGUGCUUGCUAGUAAGAUCACAUUCUUGUCAAUCAGAAGGUUCAAAAUCAGUGUCAGGAAAAUCAUAAAAUACCUUGUUUUCUUGGCACCUAGAAUGCACAGUGUGUCAGAGAAGUUAUGGAAUCAGAAAUUUAUGCAUGCAAAUUAACUUCAUCAUAUUUGUAUCAUAUCAUAUAUUUCUUGAUUGUAAUUAAGAAAUUAAUUAUUUUUUUCCCCCAUCAUAUCUACUUUAAACUUUAGGUCUAAAAUUUAGUGGAUGCAUCUGAAAGCUUCUUGAUGCAUCAUCCAUACUUGUGGAUGAGUAGUUCUCUCCACUUGUUUCAGAUUUCACUUAAUGUUUAUAAAACAUUGUGAGUUUUUUAAUUUGUCAGACAGUAAAGCAUAUUCAACUGCAGAUGUAAUGUUUAAUGAAAAGAUAGAUUUGCCGAACUCUUAGCAUGUCUGUUUAUGCUAUUACCUAAAAGAUGUAAAAUUUGUGAAGCUUAAAACUUCUGUAAGUUCUUAUAGCCCUGUGUAAAGUAAUGGGUGGAUAUAAUUGCUUAUUGAAUGAAGAAACAGACCAAACAAGAUCAGCAGUAAAAGAAAAAGUAUGGGAAAACCAUAUGGGAAAAAAAAGUGCACCAGUAACUAUUGUGUAGGUAAUUAACUUUUUUUGGGGGUGUCAAUUUAAUUACAGUCUUAAAAGAUUCUUUUGGUUAGCCCCUUUUUGGGAAAUCUUUGUGUGCUGGGUGGCCUUCAGUAUUCAGAGAUGUCUGAAUGCCACUCUGGCAAAUGCUAGUGCUGGAUAGAAGCAGGGAAUCCUUACAAAAGAUACUUUGGAUGUCAGUGCAAACAAUAACUGAUGAAGAGGAGAUUUGUGGUAAUACCAAUUCAACUGAACAAAAUCCUUUGCUGGCUUUAAUAUGUAUAUUUUAUAUAUGUGCACUUGGCAUAACUCUUUAUAAAUCAAUUGUGCAGAAAGUCAAGAUAUCAUUCCACACAAUGUAUUUGUCAGUGUGUCAGACUUUCUUUUUGAUUAUAAUUCCAAGCAACAGUAGUUCCCCGUGUUAGUCCAAAAGCCACUGGUACCCGAGAGAAAAUUUUCAUCUAUAUUAGUUCUUUCUAACUCAUUUGGCAUUUCAAAGGCUUUUGUUCCUUUAAAGGAAAGUGGGAACACUAAAUGAACAUGAUUUUCAUAGACUGUUAUAACAAAUGUUAUUUUUUUAAAUAAACAUCAGUGUAGAAGCUGUCAUCUCAUGCAUAAAUUCUGUCUCUGAAUGAUUGACCAUAGUUUUUGGGUCACAUUUUUGCGUUGAUGAUGCAACUAGAAUUUCAGAAGCUUCUAAGUUACUCAAGUAGCUUCAACUCAGAUUGACAAACUGAUUUUUUGUUUUGGUGUUUAGUUCUUGGUAGGGUUUUUUGUUUGUUUGUAAUUUUGUGGAAUGACUGGCCCACUUAGGAGUCUGUGGGAUUAUGUAGUCUAGUUAGAUUAGUCUAUCAUAUUUUCUAUUAUAUUGGUGCAAUUUUGAGUAGAUGGGGAAAUUCUACCAUUCUGUUAAUUAAGAAAGGUGGAUUUUGAAAUUUUUGGGCUAGGGAGGAAUACUGACUUCUGAUUUCGCACUACUGAUGGAGUGUUUACCCCUUAAAUCUCUUCACUGGAUAAUCUGGAUUUACUCCAACUCUGCUGUCUCCUGAAGAGUUUUGUUUUUUUCUCCUGCCGCAAGUACACAGAAAUAAUUUGGGAAUGUAGCUCUAAGACUUCAGUCAAUUCCUUCUGUCCUGCCAGACAGACAUACUUCAUUAUGUAAUGGGGAAGGUGAAGCAAGUCAGAGUUGAACCUGACAAACACCAGAAUGCAAGAGAGCUCAUGGCAGGAACUCCAUGGACAGAAUCACUUUUGUUAGAAAAGCCCUCCCAUAUUAUCUAGUCCAACCUUUGACUGAACAUCACAUGUAAACUAAACCAUAGCACUAUGUGGUGCAUUCAAUCAUUUCUUGAACACCUCUGGGAUGGGUGACCAAUGCUUGACAACUUUAUCCAUGAGAAAAUUCCUCCUGAGGUCCAACCUGAACCUCCCCUGGCUUAGCUUGAAGCUGUGUCCUCUUGUUUUGUGGCUGAGAGGAGAGGCCAAGUGACACCCAACUUUCUACAACCUCAUUUCAGAGUUGUAGAGUGAUGAAGUCUCCCCUGAGCCUUUUCUCCAGGUUAAACAAUCCCAGCUUCCUCAGCCACUCCUUAAAAGACUCGUGCUCCAGACCCUUCACCAGCUCCUGUGCCCUUCUUUGAACACACCUCAAUGUCCUUGUCGUGAAUGGCCUGAAACUGAGCACAGGAUCUGAGGUGCAGCCUUUCCAGUGACAAGGACGGGGAAAAUCCGGGCCCUAGUCCUGCUGACGCAAGCCAGGACACCCUUGGCCACCUUGGCACACUGCAGGACAAAUGAGAACAAAACAUGUAAUCAUCUCAUCCUAAAAUGAAAGGGCGUUAACUCACAGCCAGUUCUCAACAUUUGCCAUUACCUUUUAUUUCUGUAGUUCAAGAUCUACUUCCAAGCAAUUGAUAAUCCCAUUUUCAGCAACAUGUUCCCAAAUGUCCCAUAGCAGCUUAAGUGCUUAGUGCAGUGUGGUAGAUUUUUGCUAGGGAAACCAGACAUGUAAGAACUGGGUGCUUGAAAAAUCUGCCCAAUGGGUCUAUCUUACUGACAUUUCUGAGAAAUUUACCCAGAAUUCUGCUCAGCUAUAUAAGAGAGUUCAAACACUCCCUAAAACAUGUUCUAAAUCAGCAAAAAGUGUGUUUUGAACACAUUCUAAGCACAUGGUGGACUUGUUUUUUUUUGUUUUUUUGGGUUUUUUUUCUAAUUUGUGGUUUUUACUAUUUUAUGCUGAUUUAUUUCUUUUUUUCUUCUGAUAUAACUUUAAAAAGUAUAAAUUGAAUACAAUAAGAAAACACGAAGGGAAAUCAGAAGAAUAAUAGUCUUCAGAGGGCAGAAUGUUGUUGAAGAUGCUGUAACUCAAAGCAAAGAACCUACUGCUUCUAUGAUACAUUAAUUCUUGAGAGAGCUGGAUUUCUAUUUUCCUGAGGCUAAAGUGCUGCUCAGAAAACCGAGUAUCAAAAAAUUUCUCAAGUGGAGACAAAUGUUAGUGAUCAUUUUCAUAUCAGAGCAGGGUUUUUUUUGUGGGGUUGUGGGAUUUCUUCCCCUUAUUUCUUAGAUUGGGGUCUCACUUUUCACUCUGAGAAGCUGAACAGCAACAGUCCGUGUCCUUUCUGACUCUAUGCUCUACUACGUGUUAGUAAGAAUUUAGUUGCCUGUUAAUGAUACAUAGUAUACAGGAAAAUCUGAUUGAAUAUUUUAGUGGAUAGCUACCUAAUUAUAUUGGGCAGUGUCUGCUAUAAUGAUUUCCCUUACUAAAGCAAGCACUGAGACAUAAGGUAACUGCAUUAUUCUAUACUUACACUUUUAUUGUUUAUGGAAUUCCUGGUUUGGCAUAGUUGACUCUUCCUAGAAAAAUUCUGUGGUGGCUUCUGAUGUAAAACACAAAAUUUUGAGAUUUUUUUUUUUUUCCUGUCCUGUAAUUUCACAUGUGAUUUUGCCCAUAUUUUUGUAAGGUUAUGUUGAUUCAUAGAAGAGAUGCUGCAAGGAACACUAGACCUUUCUAUUGUGUACAGCUUGGCAAGGAUUGCCUUUGCCAGGUUCACAGCACAAAGGUAUCUCUCAAAUGCUGUUUCUAUCUGUUUUCUGCCAAAAAUGAGUUUGAGGUGAAGAUAACACAUAGUCUGGAGACUAAGUAAUCAAACAUACUGUUAUCAUUAUCCCUUUUGUAUACUCUGUCAUUAACACAGAAAAUGGAGAUGAUAGCCUGUAACUGCAAACAAUAAAUGCUGUUUUUCCUUCAAGCACUGAUUUUAAUGGCAGUUUAAAGAAGUUAACAAGCAGAAUGAAGGGGUCAUAAAUGAAAGUUAACCCAUAGCAGUUGGAAACUGAGAAAUCCUUGUUGCUUUCCUGGUAGUGAGCCUAAUUUGUUUAAAAUAAAAUCCAUCUGCUCAUUUCACAGUCUUUUUCACACUUCCUUCAGCGAUCCACAGUGGAUUACCCUUACUUUAAAAACUGUCUGUAAUCAUGAUAAGCUAAUGACUCUUAUUUUGUGGUUUGCUUUAGCACAAAAUUUUGCAGACCAAUGAAGAUGUCCUUUAUUCUUAAAAAAUAGUCAGCUAAUGGGGUUUUUUUGCAGUUGGACACUAUUUUUUUUAAAUUAGAUUUCAAAUAAAUAUACAAGCUGAUGGCUUUGCAAAUUCAAAGUAUUUUCUAAUUAUUGAUGAAUCAGCCAAACACUGCUGUUAAGUAUGUAAAUGUCCUUACUGUCAGCCUGGUAUUUGUUUAGCAUGCCAUGCAUGCAGCAAAACUUCAGAGUGAUUCAACUUUUAUAGCCACAUUAAAUUCACUUACUGGAAUAAGCUUCCUUUUUCAUACAGAAAUCAGUUUAAUACCGUGCUCUUUGUGUUUCCUCCUGAAUAUACAUUAGGUUUCUAGAGAUGUUUUAAUGAGUUUUACAUACAUAAUGCUACUAAUUUUUCUCUGUCUGAUUGUUAAUUAUGUGAGAUGUGUAUUUCUGACAGCAGUUGAGUGACUAUUCACAAAUAUAUAAUUGAAUUUUUGAAUGUGUACUUCAAGAAGUUUAUAGACUUGUAAGAUAAAUGAUUGAUUUUCAUUUGUCAAAUUCAAGAUUUUCAAAUCCUGUUACUCUUGUAUUUUUAUCAGUGAAUCUGUUAAAGGAAAUACUUCUCAAUUUUGAAUGGUUUUCACAGCUUUUUUUAUUUGUUUAUGUAGAUACUCUUCUUUGUUGAGUACAAGUUAUUGACCUGUUAUAAUAUUUAUAAUUCUUCCUGGUUCUUCAGUAUUUUAUCUAGCUGUAACUUAUUAAAAACCACAAAUAUGAAAUGGGGAUAUUAAUGACAAGUGGUUUCAAUGUGAGAGUUUCAAAAUGCAUGUUAGAAUAUUUCAACACUUCGUUCACUGUAAUUUUGCAUUUUUUCAUUACUUAAGUAAUUAAAAAAAAUCCUUAGGGUUGAAUUAUAGUAAAAUUUUAUACAUCUCAGUACUAAUUUUGUCUCCCAGUGGACAGCAAUAAUAUUUGAUGGGAUUGUUUUUACUCUACCUAAUUUAUUCUUGGGCAGGGGGGAAGGGGAAAAAUAUUAACCUUACAAAUUUUGCUAAUUAUAAUGAUUUCAUUGCUAUUGUUAAUUGUUUUCAGUAACCUCCAUGCCUUCAGAUAUUUGUUCUUCUAUAUUUUGAAGAAAACAUACAGAUAUACAGGGUUCUAUAAUAGAAUGUGUUUACAGUAUUUAUCCCCUGGGUUAGCUAUAACAGUAAGGGGAAGUACAGUGACAGAUACCACUUGCAAUAGUUGCUAGUGCUACGUGCCUUUGAAUAAUUUUCUUCAGUUAUUAAAUUUUUUUGUGAUCUUGGAUGAGGUGAGCAGCUUUAAAUCAGUUUCAUUUCUAUCAAAGUGGAUAUGCUAAUACAUUCUUAGAGCUUUACUAAUCUAACUAAUUUUAAAUCUGCAAGGUAAAUGGUAGCAUGGAUGGUUUUGAACUGAUUUGACUGUUCAGGUUAAUUUCUUAAGUUUCAAAAUCUGCUAUAGAGGGAAAAAUUGGCAGUUAUAUUUGUGGGGGUUUAUUGCUUUCAUUUUGUACUAUAUAUCAGUGGGACUUUCUUACCACAGUAGGUGUGCUCACAGUUUUAAUGUUCCCAUAGUUUGUUCUGUCUGUUUCAUUUGAAUUUAGCUUACAAAUUAAUCCCUUUCCAUAGGUGUCUGGCUUGUACCUUAACAAGUAUGAAAAUAAUAAUCAAGAUAUUGCUGUUUGACAGAGACACUGAAUAUUUCUCUGUUUCUGGUGUGGAUGUCGUUUAGCAGGGCUUGUCUAGUUAAAAGGCAGUUAAAAUAGUAAUCACACAUGAUCUGUGUCUAACUGUCAUUCAUAGAAAAAGUGCAACAAAGUGAUAUGUGGUGAUAACAAUUCGGAAGGAAAAGAAUAUGAAAUUCAGAUAGCAGCUUGAACGAUUUACUGUUAGCAUGGGGCCCAAUAACACUACAAAGCUAUAAACUCUGUCUUUCUAGAUUGCCCAGUUAGGUGGCAGAGAUGCAAUUUGUCUUUUCUGAAGCCGCCUGCUGCUAGCUAGCUCCAUCUCCUGUCACAGCCUAUUAGCUCCCCAAGAAAAUUGGUGGGAAAUUGCCUGCAGAUUGUAGGAAAUUGCAUCUCCAGGCCCUGGAAAAAAUGUAGGAUAGCACAACACUGAUCCUCCCAGAGCAGCUAUUAAUACAGCAAAAGCUGACCUUUGGCAUGGUGUGAAACGACUUUGCUGAAUAAAGACUGUAUUAUGUGUGGUUGAAGGAGGGAAGGAAUUAUUAUCCUGGCUAUGCUUGGAGUCAGCCUGUUCCAGGAAGCUUAAGCAUUAGCAGUAGGUUUUGCUGCCCCUCAGCUCAUCCCCAUUGGAAGGUGGGAGAGGAUGUGUUGAAGCCUUAUACAGAAAUUUCAUUGUACAGGUGGGCAAAACCCAUUAUGUAUUUAAAUUAUGUUAGUGCAUAUAAAAUUCAAAGUUUAGUGACAAAGCUGAAAAGUAAUUUAUGAAGAUAAUUGCAAAAAAAUUAAUAGGUUCUUCUCAGUCAAGUCUUCGUCAGACAAGGAACAACUUUUUGGCUAUUUCGUUCUAUUUGUAUAUAGGUAUUAUACAUUUGAUUUUGAAGCAGUUACAGUAAAAAGGAAUUUUUUCUGUAACUGUGAACUGCAAAAAGUCAUGGGAUGCACAUUACUUAUCACAGAUUUUAGCAUUAAAACUUCCUUGCUGCUAGGAGUCUUGCUUCUGUCAUGUUUAAACCAAUUCCCAUGUGUUCAUUAUGGUGUGAUGUACAAUGAGUUUCAUCCUCUGUCAUUUCUACUACAGCUACCUUUCUAAUUUUGUACUUUACGUCAGUUUUAUAGGGUCUUUCAAUAAAAGACUUUCCUGUGAAUUUUGAGAGAGAGGGUAUGUAGAGUUAGUUUGCAAUAUAAAAAUAAAUGCCAGCAUUUUCUUUCAGCUUGCAGUUGUACUUAGUUGAUUCAAAGCCUCCUGAGGAAGAUGUGGUUGUGAAUCAGAAUGGUGUAUUGAUCAGAAGCAAGUAUAGGAGGGCAGCAGCAGCAGGGGAAAAGUCAUUUUGCAUUCAAGAGCAUUGCUGUUUUCAAACUCAGAUGAGAUUUCUUGGUAACUGGCAGCUGCCCAGGGAUCUAAGUGAAUCCAGUAAGUUCAUUUCCUGUUGUAUUAGUGUCCACUGUUGUAAAUGAGCUAACAGGACUUAUGAACACUCACACCACUGAUUAGAGAAAAUUAGUGGCCUGCCUUAUGGAGCUGAGGCAGAGGCAGCUGGACAAAAAAGGUAUUGCGGGUAGUUCAAAGCACAGCUGAAGGGGAUCAAGAGAAGUUCAUCUUGUGGGGCUCUGGACCACUGUUUUGAAUCGUGUUCAUUAAUGCACACAUGUCAGUCUGAAAUGCUAAUACAUUGAGGCAUUGUUUUUCUAAAUUAGAUACAGCACCUUUUAUGGAAGUUCCACAGUUUAGUGCUGUGUGUCUUUUCUUGUAAAACACUAAUACAGGAACAGAAGAGCUGUGGUGCUUGAGCCUUUAUUCUGUAUUUACAAUAGCUGUUCAUCUUCCAAAGUAUUACAUAUUAAUUGCAUACUCAAAAUAAACCUUGCCAUUUAGUAACAAACUGGUUUUUUUGUAUAGUUCAAUACAUAUAUUGGAUGACCAAAGAAAAUUUA